UCGUUCUAACCAACACCCGCCCCCCCUCCCGCCGACAAUCCACGCGCGUGCAUGUCGUCGUUUGCAUUGUACCCCACACCCGUCCAAUUUGACCCGAUGCCCACAGUACCGACACGGAAACGCCGCAUUGAAAUCAUCACGCAAAUGUUGUACCGGUCGUACGACGCCCAGUUCAAAUUCGCCACCGCCGACGUGUUCAACGCGUUGGCGUUGAAAAUCGAGCGAAUACUCGUCCGGGCGUUCCCGAAUGACGACCAGGAUGACUUGUCCCCGGAAGUGCUCGAAGCCCGUUUGAAGUACGUGAUCGAGCGCAUCCUGCUGUCCAAGGAGAGCGUUGCGCUGCAGCCCAACAACUUCACGCUCGACGACAUCAAGUUUGAACUAUAACGCGACCAACGGUCUCCAUUCUCACUGGAAAGAAGUCGAGGCCAUCCUACAUGCCCCCCCCCCUUCUGGCUCCUUAAUUUAACAAACCAUCUUGCCUUUUUUUCUGUCA